AUGCAAAAGGUUAAGAAAAAAGCUAAAAAGCUUGCGGAAGAUACAUCGAAAGUUAAUAAAGAAAUUAGAUACGGCAAGGAUAAAUUUAAUUUUACAAAUGGAGAUUCUUACGAGGGCGAAUACAUUGUUAUAAAUAAUGAAGAAAUUUAUCGACAUGGAUAUGGUGUUUAUAAAACCAGUGAUCUAGAUGAAUAUCGAGCAUUAUGGGAUUACGAUUGUAUAGCUUCAGAUGCUCAUAUUAUAUAUAGCAAUUCAGCGGAAUAUAAAGGUGAAUUUAAUAAUGAAGGAGCGAUGAAUGGUAAAGGUGUAUAUAUUUUUCCGGAUGGUUCCAGUUUAAAUGCCACAUGGAAGGAUAACCUACCCAUAGCAGAUUUUAUAUAUAAAGAUCCUUUAGGAUAUAACUGGCAGGGAAAUGAAUCAUUGGACAAAGAGAUGGUUGUUUUUACGCCUGAAAACUAUGUCUGUAGAGAGGAUUAUAAUUAAAAUUUAUACUUCGCUUUGAUACGUGAUUGGAUCAAUAAUCAAUAUU